AUGGUACGGGAAAAGGCCCUAGAACGGGAGUCGGGCACUCAAUCGCACUCGGUUUCAACGCAUCUUACAUCAGGGAAUGCGCCGGAAUGGUCUCGGCACCCUUCCAAUCCAUUUAAUUGGCCGCCGUGGCAAAAAUGGGCAACCAUGAGCGUAGCCGUUUGGGUUACAUUUAUUAUAGGACUGAAUGCGACCUCCAUCACAACAGCCUCUACCGAAAUAUCCUCCGAAUUUGACUUAUCGAAUGACGUUAUCGAAGUCAGCUUUUUACCUUCGACUGCGUGGAAUGCAGCGGCAGCCCUCGGCCCUUUGGUCACCUUGCCGUUGAUGGAUACAUAUGGUGUGAGGGUUGGAUAUGUGACCGCCUUUGCUCUAUUUUGCAUAUUCCUCAUACCACAAGCUCUGGCGAAAAACUUUGCAACUCUGGUGAUAUGCCGCGUGUUUGCUGGCGUUCUUGGCGGUACGCUGCAGAAUGCUGCCGACGGUAUUGCUGCUAAUAUGUUUCCAUCUCACUCCGAGCGCAUAUUACCUUUGACUCUAUAUGUGAUUUCCCUCCUCUUGGGUAUUACUAUGGGCCCUGUCUUGGGCGCUGUUGGUGAUCCAAUGACAUGGCGCUGGAUCAUCUGGAUUCAACUCAUCGUUUGUGGUGCUUCUAUACCUCUUGUCGUCAUUUUCAUGCGAGAGAAUCGGGGUCCUGUUAUCCGUGAUCGCUUGUGUCGGGCUGGCAAAUUGCCUAAUGAAACUGCGGAAGAGAAAUCACCCGUUAAGCUUCUCACACAGACAAUAUCACGUAGUGCUAAACUUCUCACCACAGAACCAACCAUCAUAUCCAUGACCACUUGGUCUUCAUUCACAUUUGGCCUCAUUUUCAUCUCGACUCAGUCAGUACCCCUCGUCUUCACUGACACUUACGGCUGGUCCGAGACCAGUGGUGGUCUUGUGCAAGCCAGCAUUGGGAUCGGACAACUUUUGGGCUUCAUGGCCUGUUUGGUACAAAACAGAGUAUACAUAAAGAGUGCCGCUUCCAACAAGGCAGCUCCAGGGUCGCCAAUCCCCGAGUCUAUCUUACACCUAUCGAUCCCGAGCACAGCCUUUGCUCUUGCAGGCGGCCUUUUCAUGUACGGUUGGGGAAUCUUUCAGCCACAUUGGAUUGUGCUGGCGAUAGGGCUGGGUCUUACUGGGUUUGCAAUCAUGACGGUUGUGCAUGCUGCUACGAUAUACGUCACUGAUGAGUAUGCAGCUUGUGCCGCCAGCGCCAUUGCAGCCGUGGCAUUUGGAGAAAACCUCUUUGCGGCGUUUCUUCCUCUAGCAGCGAAGCCUAUGUACUUACGGCUGGACUUUCAGUGGGCGAGCACGUUACUGGCUUUAGUUGCUUUGCUGCUGACACUGGCGCCUGUUGUGCUCUUGUGGAGAGGAAAGGUCAGGCAUAACCGUAUAUCUGCUAGAGUAGCGUAA